UCAUCUGCUAGACACACGGGGAACACGUACACAGUUAAACAAUGUGUACACAUUAAUUUUCAAUAGUCGUAGAGCCGUGACGUACGCUUCUCAUCUCUGCAUCGAGUUGCCAGGUAUCCCACGGGCCUCCAGCCCAGCUCACCACCUGCCUGGAGCUGCCACCAGUCCCAAGGUAGGUAUCUACCUACCUUGACCAGUCCAGCGAGUGGCUGCGAGCCCACCACCUUGCUAGUCACCUGCACCUCCCCGUCAAGGCGGGAUGCAGCUCAUUCUACUGGACAGUUUUAACAACUUUUAAGGUGUUUACAUUUGAACAGCAAGAUGUACAGCAUGACCAGGAGGUCCAGUGGUCAUAUGUGGCCCCUGAUCUUAACUCUACACAUCUUUUUCCAUAAGGGGAUGCUGGAGUCUGCAGACACAGCAUUACUCCCAGGGACCUCAAAGCUGUCCAUUGAGGAAUUAUGGGCAGUGUCACAUGCUAUCACCAUCUCUCUAGCUAUUCAAAACCUGACAAAUUACAAGGUUUUGGUGUCAGUGCGCAGAGAGAACGACAGCAGUGUUUUAAUGAAUGAUUUGUUAACUCCUGAAACUGUCCAAAAUUCUACAAGUGAUGACAAGACCAACGCCUUACUACAACAUAGACUGCACACAGUUGAGGAACUUUCUGCUGAUACCAAAUAUGAGUUAUGUGUAUCUUCUGAAGAACAACAACAGGAACUGCAGGCAGCAUACGUAGUAAAAAGCGAGUGUUACCUGGUCAGGACAAUGCCUGUUGUUGAUAAUAUCACAGGAGUUUACACAGCUCUAGUGAUGGUGGUCGCCUUUCUUAUUGGUGUUGGACUUGUGGGAUAUCUCUUCAAUAUGAUCCACAAUAAAUAUUUUUCAAUGCAUGGCAAAUACAACUUGGAGCAAACAACCCAAAGAGAACCUAUGACCACUGUCAUCCAAGAUGUUCCUGCUUCAUGAAACUACGAGUCUAUUUUCACAUCAAAUGUUCACCACCUUAAUACCACAAUAAACUGUCCACAAAAUA